AUGGCUCCUUCAAAAAAGAUCACUAAACCAUCCCAGCUCCUCAAUGAUCAAAGUGAUUGGGCAGGAUGGUCCACCAUUGUCGCAAAUGUCUUGCGUGGUGUUGUUCUGCUUGAUCAUCUCACCGAUUUGGGACCAGUUCCACCGUCCAUCAGCACUGUGGCUUCCUCCAAUACCGUUACAUCUGGCAGUGGUGAUACCGAUCUUCAAACCGCACAUGCUCUCUAUGUUAAGGAGAGUUCGGACUGGAAGUUGCAGGAAUUUUGUGUUAUGAAUUAUCUCACUGGCUGUGUUGGCUCUGGUCUUACUAUCGAGAUUAGCUCACUUCCCUCUACUCGGGGCAUGUGGAGUCGUCUCACUAAGUGCUUCAAAGAGUACUCCGGUGUAAGGGAGGCAUAUCUUCUGCAACGCAUUAUAAUACAACGUAAAUGUAGUUUUUCUCUACAGUCUCAUUUUGGUCAAAUGCAAGCCUAUUGGAUAGAAUUACGCUCCAUGCUUCCUGGACGUGAUUCUACAUACGAAGACUGGCUAGCCUGGUAUGAACAGCGCGAGUUCUGGAUGCAGCCCGCCACCGCCUUCGCCUCCUACUACCACUACUUCCACGGGCACCGCGCACUGAUCAACACCCACAGCAAAGACCCUCGCUUCCCGAUAAAACUACCGGCCUGCACACCGAUGGAGAUGAGGGACCUGCCCUCCUUCAUAACCACCGCGGACGCCGGGCCGACGGCGGCCCUCCUACUCUAUGAUCUCCCGCGCCUUCAGGGAGGGUUUCGAAAAGAUCGACAGGGAGGGGCCCAAGCCGGCCAGGAUUCUGGUGAACACGUUGGCCGAGCUCGAGCCGACGCGUUUGAGUCCGUUCCCGGGUUGGACUUGAUCCCGAUCGGGCCGGUUUUGCCGGCCAGACCGAGUUCGACCUGUUCGAGCCCGACGAGAAGAAGUACUCGAGGUGUUGGACGGGAAGCCGGAGAAUCGGUGGCCCGUGUCGUCGUAAGCAUAUCGGUGCUAAAGAAGGUCCAGGUGGAGGAGAUUUUGAGAGGGUUGAGGGGAGCGGAGACCGUUCCUGUGGUGGUCAGGAGGGACAGCCGGCACGAGGGCGUCGAGCUCGAGGGGGCGACGAGAACGCGAUGGUGGUCGAGUGGUGCUCCCAGUCAGGGUCCUGGGCACCCCUCGGUGGAUGAUGCCUUCGUGACGCACUGCGGGUGGAACUCGACCACCAGAGCCUGGUGCAUGGCGUGCCGACCGUGGCGCGUGCCGCAGUGGUCCGACCAGGGCACCAACGCCAUGCUCAUGGAGAAGGUGUGGACCGGGGUCCGCGGCGAGGUCGAUGGAGACGGCGUUUUGGAGGGGGCGGAUGAGGAGGUGCUUGAUCUGGUGAUGGGGGAGGGAGAGGGGGAGGGAGAUUCGAAGACGCGGGGGGCGUGGAGGGCGAAAUGUUUGGGAUGGGGGGCUGUCAGCGAAGGAGGAUCGUCUGAUCGGAAUCUGAGGGCUUUUAUCGAGGGUAUUCAUGAGAACUAUAAACAAGAUUGUCAUCAGUAG